UAGUCUGCGACGCGCGUGUUAUUUUUCGCGGAGGAUUCAUUUGGCGAGAAAGUGUGAACAGCAAAGCCACAAUUUGUGCUUCGUCAAAAUGUCUCACAGCCACGAUGACUGCUCGGACCACGAACACUCCGGCCAGUCGAAGUUGGAGAGCUUCCUGUUCAGCUGCGAGCUGUCCUCUAAAGUCCCCUUCUACACGUUCCAAGGAGACGAAGAUGAGGACCUGGAGCAGUUCCUUGAACUCAGGACAGUUUGUCUGGGCGAGGGGGCCAAGGAGGAGAGCAAUGUGGUGGAGGUCACGGCCAUGAACCACCUGGGAAAGACCAACUCGGUGCCCAUCGCCAACCUGCACCUCAGCUGCCUGCCCAUGGUCAGUCUGGGAGACUUUGAGCUGAAGGCCCCAGUGACCAUCCGGCUGAAGGCGGGAACGGGACCAGUGACGGUCAGCGGGUUGCACCUCAUCGUCUCACAGGUUGAAGAGCCCGACCUGUCGGAUGAUGAUGAGGAUGCCGAUGAUGAGGAAGAGAUCAGCCCCAUCAAACCAGCGAAGAAGAAGCAGCAGCAGCAGUAGUAGUAGUAGGCGGAGAGGUCACAGAGUCUUUUGAAACGACCUCACUCACUGAUGUGUUUUUAAGAACUAACCCUUUUUUUGUACAGGACUGACACAUUUUUCAAAGCUCCUCCCACACAGUCAUGUGACUGCUUAGUGUGGUGGAAGCCGAGCACGCUGUUGGAGGAAGUGACAUCAGAAUCUUGCCUCUUUUCCACCCGUCAGUUUCUCACUGAUCUCUUAGUGUCAGCAGUGAAUUUAACUGAUAUUACUUAUAAAACUGUUUUUGCUAUUACAUGCUACCCGGUGUUUUAGACUGUAUGUGAUAGUCACCACUGACAUGGAGUUGUUGCACCAGUUGUGGAAUGUGUUUUGCAACCAGUGGAUUCUGGUAUUGUUUAUAGGUGAUGUUCUUGUAAAAGCAAAAUCAUUUGUGUGUGUGUGCGCAAAUAAGUGUUUCCAGACUGAUUCCAACUGAAGUCAGAUGACUUGCAUAUAUCCAAUUGUUUGUUUCCCAAAAGAUUGUUCUAUAUGAUAUGGCCUUCAUAAAUGUGAAUAUUUUGUACUGUAGUGAAUGCAUCAAGCAAACAUUGUUUUCAUUUAUCUCACAUUUGAAAUCACAAAUAAAAGUUUUUUUGCCUAUUACAUUAA